AGCGAGUGUGUCACGAACCGAAAGUCUAUUGGACCCCUGUCAAACUUAUUCAUAGAACGGGGUGUGUCUGGGCCAUAGAGUUUGCUUGCAACUGUGCUGUCACUCAAACUCAUGGCUGUCUCGUAAUUGGCAAGUUAUGGUGCCAUGUCCCGCCCCUCCUGGGUGGCAGUCGUGUAGAAAUGAUACCGUGGGAAGGCUUGGUCCUUCAAACGGAUCAACUCGAGGUGUACCUGACAGACGCACAGAGAGUCGGAGAAUUUGGAGACUUGGACUUUAUAUAUAUAUAUAUAUAUAUAUACACUGUACUGUACUCUGAACGAGGGAAAAACAGCAGCGGAUUAAAAUGAAACGGAAUCACGAUUUUAGCUCAUCGGACAGCGAGCUGGACGAGAACAUUGAGGUUGAGAAGGAGAGUGCCGAUGAAAAUGGGAACGUGAUUUCACCCCUUGGGCCGAUGUCUCCAUCAACAAAAACUCAAGUGAAUGCGAGGAAGCGCCGUCGAGGAAUCAUUGAAAAACGGCGCCGCGACAGAAUCAACAACAGCCUCACGGAGCUGCGUAGACUGGUCCCCAGCGCGUUUGAGAAGCAGGGUUCAGCUAAGCUGGAGAAAGCAGAGAUUCUGCAGAUGACGGUGGAACAUUUGAAAAUGCUUCAUGCUGCUGGAGGAAAAGGUUACUUUGAUGCCCGUGCUCUGGCCACGGACUACCGAGGUCUGGGUUUCAGGGAGUGUCUGGCUGAGACAGCCCGCUACCUGAGCAUCAUCGAGGGGCUGGACAGCGCUGACCCCCUGAGGAUCCGCCUGGUCUCCCACCUGAAUAGCUACACAUCCCAGAGAGAGGCCCUCUCCAUCUCUGGGAUAGGGCACCUGGCCUGGGGCUCUGCCUUUGCGUCGCCCCCCUCCGCCCACCUGGCCCACCUUCUCCUCCGGCAGCAGCACCAUCAACAUCAGCAGGGGGCGACGUUACAGUUACCACGGAGCGCCUCCAACAGCCCUCUGUCAUCCUCCUCUUCUACGCCUUCAUCCUCCUCCUCUCCGAUUGAGAGAGCGCCACGUUCCUCGCCCCAUGGCCAUGCUCCCAGCAGGCUUAGCGGUGUCAACCCCCUCUCUGAGCACAGCCACUCCCAGGGGGGCCCUCGCCACGUCCCCCCCAGCGCUGCCCCCCUCCCCCCGGGACUAAACCUCACCAUGACCUCAUCAGCCGCCGUGACCGCCAAGCUCUCCCCUCCCCUCUCUCUGUCCUCCCUCUCCACUCUGUCGGCGUUCCCCUUCCCCUUCAGUGCCUUCCCCCUGCUGUCCCCCAGCACCCUCAGCUCCCCUGCCUACACCCCCUCCAGCCAGGCCAGCUUGGGGAAGCAGCCCUACCGGCCCUGGGGCAUGGAGAUAGGGGCUUUCUGAACAAUCUUUAACCCCCCUCCACACAGACUAAACUGACCAUAUAGAUCAAUAGAGGUCUCACCAUCACUAUGAACUCAACUCAGUUCACCAGCUGAGAAGGACCUUUCCAAGACAAUGUUUUUCUAGACCUUUCCAUGGCCAAGACAAUGUUUUUCUAGACCUUUCCAUUGCCAAGACAAGAUUAUGUUUUUCUAGACUCUUCCAUGGCCAAGACAAGAUGGAGUUUUUCUAUCUCACAUCCUAUAGAGGAUUUCUUAGAAAUUGUGUUUCAAAUCAAAGUUUGUUGGACACACACAUAUUUUGCCGAUGUUAUCGUGGGUGUAGCAACAUGCUUGUGUUUCUAGCUCCAACAGUACUGUAAUAUCCAGCUAAAUGCUUGUGUUUCUAGCUCCAACAGUACUGUAAUACCUAGCUAAAUGCUUGUUUCUAGCUCCA